AUGGAGAUGGCCGGCCCCGUCUCCUCGGCGCCCCGGACCGUCGAGGACAUCUACAAGGACUACGCCGGCCGCCGCGCCGGCCUCGUCCGCGCCCUCACCUCCGAUGUGGACGAGUUCUACGGCAUGUGCGACCCAGAGAAGGAGAACCUGUGCCUGUACGGGCUCCCCAACGGCGGCUGGGAGGUGUCGCUUCCGGUGGAGGAGGUGCCGCCGGAGAUGCCCGAACCGGCGCUCGGGAUCAACUUCGCCAGGGACGGCAUGAAGCGCCGCGACUGGCUCUCGCUCGUCGCCGCGCACUCCGACGCCUGGGUCGUCUCCGUCGCAUUCUUCUUCGCCGCCAAACUCAACGCCAACGAGAGGAAGCGCUUAUUCAACAUGAUUAAUGAUCAUCCAUCUGUGUAUGAAACAAUGACUGACCGGAAGGGAAGGGAGAAUAAGCCUGGUGUUGAUAACAGCAGCAAAUCCAGGCACUCAACAAAGCGAUCAAACGAUGGCAAGACAAAGAACUCAAGAGUGGCAGUUGUUGAAGAUGGGUAUGGGGAUGAUGAAGAACACAGCGAAACCCUCUGUGGUUCUUGCAGUGGUCUCUACAACUCAAGUGAGUUCUGGAUUGGAUGCGACAUUUGUGAGCGGUGGUUCCACGGCAAAUGCGUGAGGAUAACUCCAGCGAAAGCGGAACAGAUAAAGCACUACAAGUGCCCUGAUUGCAGCUACAAGAAAAGCAGCAGGCAAUAA